AUGAUCCGCCCCGGGUCCGGCUGCCAAUGGUUCACGCGGCGGCGUCUGCAACUCUCCCUCGCCUUCGCGGUUGUCCUAGCCUGCAUCUACACCAUUCUCCCAGCGUCCAGCCGGCAGGACAGCUAUGCGAACACCGACAAGGAGCCCCCGCAACACCACAAACUUCCCUUUACCUCUCCCUCCUACGCCCGCUCCCUGUCCGCGAGGGAGCUCAUCUCGCGGCCGCGCUCGUCGGACCUCGUCUCCAUCCCCAAGCUCAUCCACCAGACCUGGUUCCCGGCCGGGAGCAACAUGAGCGAGAACGCCCAGCUCUGGGUCCAGACCAUGCGGGCCCAGAACCCGGACUGGGAGUACGUCCUCUGGGAUGAUGAGACGAACCGCCUGCUCGUGGAGACGCAUUUCCCGUGGUUCCUGCAGGACUACCUGCGUCUGCCCAAGGAGAUCCUUCGGGCGGACGUCGUGAGGAAUCUGUACAUGUUCUUGUUUGGAGGAAUGUACGCCGACGUCGACACCGAAGCCCUCCGACCGGUGGACUCGCUCUUUGCCGGCCACGACACCCCCCUCCGGGCGGCGCACAGCAGCCUCCUCGGGUCGUGGACGGGGAAGGCCAAGCGGGCGUUCCUGGGCCACAUGUCGCACCGGGCGGGACUGGACGGUCCUGCGGCCGUGCCUAACGGGUGGAUGGCGUCGCCGCCCGGCCAUCCGUUCUGGCUGCUGCCCGUGAUUCACGUCAUCGAGAACCCCAACGGUAGUGAGGAUGGCUCGCCGAUAUGGCCGGUGGUAUUAGGGGUGUUAGCCUGGGUAUUCUGGUCGAACCUGACCAUCCUCUUCAAUAAGUGGUUGAUCGAGUCGACCGAGUUCCAUUACCCAAUAAUCCUCACAACCUGGCACCUCCUCUUCGCGACCCUCGCCACGCAACUCCUCGCGCGGACCACGACCCUCUUGAACAGCCGCCACACCCACCGCAUGACGCCCCGCACCUACCUGCGCCAGAUCGUCCCCAUCGGGCUCCUGUACAGCGGCAGCCUGGUCACCAGCAACCUGACCUACCUGUAUCUGAAUGUGUCCUUCAUCCAGAUGCUCAAGGCCGGCGGCCCCAUCAUCACCCUCCUGACCAGCUGGGGGUGGCGCGUGGCGCGGCCCUCGCUCGAAUCCUUCCUGAAUAUCUUGGUCAUUGCGUUCAGUGUCGGGCUGGCUGUUGCCGGUGAGGUGCAGUUCGUCUGGACCGGGGUGAUGUUUCAGGUCGUGAGCUUGGUGUUUGAUGCCAAUCGGUUGGUCAUGAUUCAGAUUCUGUUGAGUGAGAAUGGGGAUCCGGGGCGUGGGGGGGAGGGGGAGGAGGUGGCGAAGGAGCAGGGCCACGGCCACGGCCACGGCCAGGGGAAGAAGAUGGAUCCCCUGGUCACGCUGUAUUAUUCGGCGCCGGUGUGUGCGCUGACCAACGCGUUGAUCGCCCUGGGUAGUGGCGAGGUGGCCGGGUUCGAGUGGGGGGUGGUUUGGAGGACCGGGUGGGGCGUGUUGCUGGCCAAUGCUGGGGUGGGGUUUAUGUUGAAUGUGUCGAUUUUCGUGCUGAUCGGGAAAACGUCCGGGCUGACGAUGACGCUGGUCAGCGUGCCCAAGAACAUCCUCUUGAUCGUCUGCUCGAUCGUCAUCUGGGGCUCGCCGGUGAGUGCGCUGCAGGUGGUCGGAUAUGGGAUUGCGUUGCUGGGGCUGUUGUACUAUUCGCUUGGGUGGAGGACGAUUCAGCCGCUUUGCGACGCGGCCGUCACGAAGGUGAGGGGCUGGCGGCGUGGGGAGGUGUAUAAGUAUGAGCCUGUCUAGGCUGCGUCGUCAUUUGCAGAGAUGCAUAUGUAUGAUGAGAUAU